AUGAGAAGCAGAAUGAGCUUGUUUUUCGCUGGCUUGGGUCGUGCAUUAAGCAAAGAGGGCAGAGCUGCAAUGUUGAUCGGCGACAUGGACAUAUCUCGAUUGACUGUUUAUGUGCAGCAAGUCAAAGCGGAGAAGCUGUGGGAUAGAGAAGUGUAUAGAAAUAAGAAAUCUAAGACUGGGAAUAAGUCUGGACAACAGAAAGAUAGUUGCUUCAAGUGUGGUCAAGAGGGUCACUUCAUGAGAGAGUGCCCUAAGAACAGGCAAGGUAGUGGAAAUCUGGGCAAUAUAGCCCAAUUUUCAUCAGUUGCUCCACUAGACAGGGUUGCACCUAUAGGAGACCCUUCUGACCCAGGAGAAAGUUUGUCUUUCUUAACUCCUUAUGUUGCAAAUAAGUUUGAGAUUCUUCCUGAAAAAUUUUGUGAACCUUUCGGUGUUUCUACACUUGUUGGACAAUCAAUUCUAGAAGAAAAAGUAUAUCGUGAUUGUCCUAUUUCUAUCAAUCACAAGAACAACAUGGCUGACUUAGUAGAGGUAGACAUGGUAGAUUUUGAUGUUAUUCUAAAUAUGGAUUGGCUUCGUGCCUGUUAUGCGUCAAUAUAUUGUAGAACUUGA